AUGGCGGGGGAGCGGGCGGUCGGGCUUGUGCGGGAGCUGCAGAGCGCUGCGGGCGGGCGGCUGCCGCCCUUCCGGGCGGAGGAGCUGCGGCAGGUGCUGGAGGAGAUGCGGACGCUGUACGAGCGGAACCAGGCGGAUGUGUCUGAAGCGAAGUCGGGCCGAACAGAUCUGAUUUUCCUCAUCCGGUUUCGGCACUGCUGCCUCCUCCGCAACCAACGCUGCAUCGUGGCUUACCUGUACGACCGGCUGCUACGGAUCCGGGCGCUCCGGUGGGAGUAUGGAAGCAUUCUGCCCAAUGCCAUCCAGUUCCACAUGGCAGCCGAGGAAGUGGAGUGGUUCAAUCGGUACAAGAAAUCCCUGGCUACCUACAUGAGGUCAGUGGGAGGAGAGGAGGGACUGGACCUUACACAGGACAUAAAGCCUCCUAAAAGCCUGUACAUUGAAGUGCGGUGUUUGAGAGACUAUGGAGAAUUUGAGAUCGAUGAUGGCACCACUGUCCUGUUGAAGAAGAACAGCCAGCACUUCUUGCCCCGCUGGAAAUGUGAGCAGUUAAUCAGACAAGGAGUCCUGGAGCACAUUCUGUCAUAAGCGUGCAGGACAGGAGCCUUUGCCUGGUGGUCUGUGCAGGACUUCAGCCACCUCAGUAUUUUAGAGCACCCUACAACUCCUCAUAACAGCUUGACACAAAGAUCAUCUCCAAGCUUGUAAGCAAACCAUAUUGGCCAGCACUUCGUGACCAAAGGGUGCGUAGCAGUAACACAGUAAGCCCGAGAGUCCUGCAGUGGGUGGAGGGUGUCUUGUAAGCACCACAGCUACAAGCAGGGUUUGUGAAUGCAGUUUUGCUUGGAGCAGUUCUUUGUGCCUUGGAAAAUAAGAGACUGACCAGCUGGGAGAGUUCCACAGCUGCCAAAUAAAAAACUGCUUCAGUUUUCAAUGUUAAUAGCUCUUUGAGAGUCUAUGUUAUGUUCU